GUUUUGCAGUAACUUUGCCUGUGUGAAGGUGCUCCGACAGGACCAAAUCUUCAGACUGGAAAGCUGUGGGAGAUUGUGCUGCUGGUUUUGGCUCCCGAAAGCAAAGUCUUUGGUGUCCAGCAGACCGGAGAUGCUGGUAGAGCAUAAUGGUUUUGUGACCACUGGAACAGGAUUUCUGUGGCACACUGCAUAAGUAUUUUAUGUAAAAUACUUUUGGCCUUGGCUGAUUGCUUCAUACAUGCGUUUCAUAAUGUACCUGAGCAAAAAAUGAUGAGCGAGUAAGCCGUUGGCAUUCAGGUUAGGCUGCCGCAAGCAAGAUUAUGCUGUUCAACGUGGCAAAACACUAACAUAAGUUCUUGUGUUUCAGCUACAAAAUGAUUGGAUACAUUUUAGCAAUUUCUUGAUCAAGAAGACAAGCAAUGCAAUGUAUGCCACCAUUUUAGAAUAACACAAUCGUUCACUGCUGCGAAGCACGGCAUUCCAUUUUGACUGGGUUGUUGCUAGUGAUUAGGCCAGUUCGGUUCUUUACUUGUGAAGCAAAAAUUAAAUUUCAGCAAAGCGUGCUCAAACUUUAACAAACUAUGAGUAAAUCAAAAUUAGUGCCUCGCUGUCGCAUGGAAUUUCAGGCCUAAGGAAAGGCUUCAUAAAACUAGCACCUACAGCGCAUUCCUUGCAUGUAUCUUUGUGAACGCAAACUUGAAUUUCAGUUUCGAAAAAUGACACUUGUGUGUGCAGAUAUGAACCGUGGUGUGGCGGUCCAUGUAGGAAUGAUACAAAGGCGCGCGCUAGGUUAGGCGAUGAAGGAGGCUUUUAUGUCUAAGAUAGCAAAUCAAUAAUUAUUACUCUAGUGUUGACCUCACUAUAUAAGCCUCUUUCGCCAAAAUAACAAGUUAUGUAAAAAUAGGUAAGAAAAUAGGACGAAGUUAGUAAAAGACAUGAUGGAGGCAGUCAUGGACAACGUAUAAUGACGUAAUCAUGUGACUUGGCAAGUUUCACCGAUCUUUGCGUUAGGACUAUGUGACAUGGUGAUGUCAUCAAGAAUGGCGAUUUUCGCAACUCCUUUGUUGACGGCACAAAUGAAAAUUUUUUAAAUGGCGUAUUUGAGGCUCUCGUCUUCAAAAUUCACUCACUGCGUAUUAUCACACGGCAGGUAUGUGGCUAAAGUUGCCUCUUACAAUAAGGCCCCUUCAAGGGGUUCGCAGCAGGUGUCUAGGUAACGGGAACGUAAAUUACAGGUUAUGCAAAAGAACCUGUUUACUAAAUCAUUUUUCUUGAACACGCUGUGCAGAUCUUCCUGAAGUGAGGCAGCUGAAAUUGACGGAGAUGGACAAGGAUUCCAUAACUGUUUCCUGGCAACGACCGGAGGGCUGCUUUGAAGGCUACAUAGUGGAAGUCGCUGAAGAAAGCAGCGGAAGCAGUGGUGUUGGAGGCCUGAGUGCGGGCUCCUGUGCGGGUGGUAUCACUGUUGACGCUGAGCACACGAGCAUCACGUGCAGGAAAAUAGAAGCUUGCAACGUGAAAAUCACCAUACGUACGCAUAGAAAAGGACAACUGGAGUUUACUUCACCUGGUGUCACCCUGAACAACAUUGUCAUGUACAAAAAAGAUCUUCCUGAAGUGAGGCAGCUAAAAUUGACAGAGAUGGACAAGGAUUCCAUAACUGUUUCCUGGCAACGACCGGAGGGCUGCUUUGACGGCUACAUAGUCGAAGUCACUGAAGAAAACGGUGGAAGCAGUGGUGUUGGAGGCCUCAGUGUGGGCUCCUGUGCAGAUGGAAUCACUGUUGAUGUGCAACACACUAGCAUCACGUGCACGAAAAUAGAAGCUUGCAACGUGAAAAUCACCGUACGUACCCAGAGAAAAGGACCACUCGAGCUUACUUCAUCUGGUGUUUCCCUGCACGACAUCGUCAUGUACAAAAAAGAUAUGCCAGAAGUGCUGCCGACAAUUAAAGUGGCUAAUGACACAUUUGUACUGCGCUGGAACCAGCCAACUGGCUGCUUCGACAAGUACAAUCUCGAGGUCACCUAUGAACCUCACGAACAUUCGAUCUUUAAAACGCAGCGUAUUGGUUCAUGUGUCGGGACAACCGUUCUAGAACCUGACGUCACAAAUGUUACUUGUUCACAUCUGCCAGCCUGCGUAAACACCAGUGUAAUUCUACGCACUCAGAGAAAUGGACCACAUAGACGUGUUUCACGUGGUGAAGCAUUGUUUGUGUAUUCUGAAGAAGGAGAUCUUGUAGACUUUGACCUCUACGUUGACAGGUUGAGAACGUCUACGGCUGAAAUCAUCAUAGACCCGCAUCUUCCACGGUCCUGCCCACCGCGUUACUGCGGGGCAAGUAUAUGUGUCUUCCAAAAGAGUGAAAUUGAUGGGAUGUUCUUGUCCAGUUUUUAUGGCUUUCUCUGA